AUGCUCGCAUCUACCUCCAUCUCCACCUCUACUGUCCUGCUGCUUCUGGCUAGCGUCGCCGUCGCACAAGACGCCCCUACCACUCCCUCGCCCUCUCUUGGCCCUUCGCCCACCAGCGAGGGCGUCUUCACCAUCCAGACAUCGGUUCCCGCUGAUGAUCCAUGGGCCUGCUAUGAGGAAUGCUUCAUGGAGCCGUGCCCGCCCUCGCCAUGCUCCAGUACACCUAAUGCCAGCCUGGGCACCCCCAUCCCCCUCCCCCGGCCCAUCUCAGAAUCCAUCGCCUCCAUCAUCACAGACCCUUCUCUCUCCACCGUCACUGGCGUCAUGACCAUUCCUGCCGGCGAGACCCCCGAGACGCCCAUUUCUACUGGCGCCUCCGAGACCUCCACGGGCGCUUCUUCGUCCCGGACAGGCAGCUCUUCAUCUCAGACAGGCAGCACGAGAAGCCCAGCUAGCUCUGCACCGCCCGCGGCAACGGGCAACGCCGUGGCACUCAAUGCUAACGCCCAUCUCGCUCCGCUCGCGGCAGCCGUUGCCGGUGCUUUCGCACUGAUCUGA